GUUUGAGGUUGUUGCUGCAAUCAACUAAUUGAACUUAUCUAUAGAUAUAUUGAAUCACUAAAAGUUACAAUUGGUUAUUUAACAAGGCUUGUUGGCAGAAGAUCUAAUGAAACACGUUUGCUUCAUUCGUUAAAUGUUUAAAGUAUUCGAAAAAGAACAUAUAGUGGUAUCUUUUAUCCCGCGUACGUGAACUCAAGGCUUCAAAACGAUUUUGGCUCAGUAACAAAACAGAAGCAUGCCACGGUACUAAUACGAAGUUAAUAAACGAGAGCAUAGCUUAAUAAUCAAAAGGAUGUAUUCGUGGCAACUAUUCAAUCUCAUGCUAAAGCGAGUUAAUUUUAAAUAUACUAAUAGCAACGUCAACUUGUCCUCAUUUUCUAGACGCUUUAAUACUCGUAUUAAAUUUGGAGGUUAUCGUAAAAGGAUAGAUUUGUGGUUUAAAGAGCAGAGCGCACAGGUAGCGAAGGCAUGCACCAGGCAAUGUGAAUUUAUAGUGGCACAACGCAUUAAACGAAGUAUUCAAAUAUGUCAUCUCUAUACAAAAAUGUGGGAUGAAGUGGCUCUGAAAGAAAUUAUUAAAUUAUGGAAAACGCGAGUUAUAAGAAAUUCUCGACAAUUUCUAGUUGGUACUAUUGGAGUGAGUGUGUAUAAUUGGGAUCUUGAAAGAAUAUCCGACGAAGAAGUCAAUAGUUAUAGCCAAGAAAUAGAGGAUAUCUACAAAUUAAGAGAUUGUACUGUCAUAUGUACAAAUUGUCACCUACGAAUUAUAAUUGACAAUGCUAGCAAACAACCCGGAAUAGAAUAUUGCAAAUGUGAUGGUGUCAAAACAAAUACAAAUAAAGAUCCAGACGGAUGGCAACCAUAUAUUGAACGUCAAGAUAUGUUAGUCUGGAGACGACAGGAACCGGAUACUGGUUUAUUUGCAUAUAAAGUAUACGGAUCUUUCCCGGAUGUCACAGCUGAGGAUUUUUUACAAGUACAAAUUGAUAUAGAUUAUAGGAAACAAUGGGAUACAACUGCUCAAGAAUUACAAAUUAUUGAUACUGAUCCACGAUCUACAAAAUCUAAUAAUCAUAGUGCUGAUGUUAUAUAUUGGGAAAUGAUUUGGCCUAAAUUAUUUGCUAAUCGAGAUUAUGUAUAUCAACGUAGAUGGGUUAUAGAUAAAGAUAAAAGGGUGGUAGUUAUUGUUAGUAAAGGAACUGACCAUCCAAAUGCACCUGUUAAACCUGGAACUCAUAGAGUAAGAACAUAUUGGUCAUACAUGGUGAUUAAACCUUACAAGGAUUUUCAUCAGCCUGGUAUCGAGUUUGGCUUAACUUACUUUGAUGAUCCUGGUAUGAGAGUGCCAUCAGCUAUCACUGCAUGGGUAGCAAUUGCAGGUUUGUCAGAUUUUUUAACUCGCAUGAGACAAGCAUCGAAAGAUUACAAAAAAUAUAAAACGAAGCAAAACAAUGUGACAUCCAAUAAUCAUAAUGUAAUGGGCCAAGAUAAUCUUCCUGAAUAUGACGAUUUACAUAAAGAUAUGAAUAGAACAGAAAAAGAUAAAAACUUUAGAGAAUAUGAGAUCGUAAAAGAAGAUAAUUCAAAACAUGGUGAAGUCAUUCAACAUACCAAACCAUUAGAAGUUAUGCAAUCUAUGAACGAAAAAACUGAUAUAGAAGAAAAUAAUGUAGAAGAAAAUGAAGACAAAGAUAAUGUUGCUAAUCCAAUGUCUCAAGAUAAAGGAGGUUUAUUAAACUACUUUUUUUUGAGUAGAUUAUUUGCGUGACAAGGAAUUGUAGUCUUUAUUUUUAUACAAAUAAUUUGGAAUAUUGAAGCCUUUUUCAUGAUUUCACAUGAAAAUAACUUUAAUUUCAGUUUCAAUUUAAUUACAAAUACGUUGAUUUAUUUUAUUAGUACAAUAAAAAAAUAAUACGUAUUUUUUUAUUUUGAUUAUAUACGGAAAAUUUCAAGAAUAUUAUAGAAAUAUAUAUUUUCAAUAUUCAAAUUAUUUUUCGAGAUUACUUAUUAUUGCAUUAUAGAUUCAGAAUGCAAAAAAGAAGUAAAUUUGAUAAGCAGAUUUUAAGACUCUGUCAUUGAAAAUCUAGACUAUUUUAUCAGUGUAUGAUUUAUGCAUUUAUUGCAGUUGUACAAAUCAAUAUAGCUAAUGAUCAAUAAUACAUCGUAUUUAUGUAUGAUACUGAAGUAUACUGUGAAAUUAAGAGAAUCAAGAAAUACUAAAUAGAAGAAAUCUAUUAUUUUGUAACUAAUUGAAUCAUCUAAUAUUAGCAUAUAUACUUUUCAUUUACUUUAAUACAUUAUUUUAACUGUACAGUUAUAUACUGUUCAGUAUUU